UUUUUUUUUAAACUGACUGGGGGAUCGGAUCCAUGCCAUGGGGGGCCAAUGGCCCAUCGUCUUUCUGGGCAAUUAUCUCGCAGCUUGGAACAACAAAAAAAAGUAGUCCAACUUUGUUCAAUCAGCACGGCGGAAGUUAGGCUGAGACAUGGACGACGAUGGAGGGAGCGCCCCGCCAUCCGUUUGUCCUGAGUCCUCUCGGCUUAACGUUAUUUCUGGGGCUGUCAAUUGGCUGGGCUAUAGAAAAUCGAAAAUCUAACAGGAGGAAGCACCAGUGGCCAGAGAGAAAGUGACUCGGGAGGUUUGCUACACGCUGUCGAUCAGGCCUAAGAUCCCAUGGACGGAGUAGUCCGUAUAUUCUUGCAGAGGAGAGCAAGGUGAGAGAGAGGGAUUUCGUCCCUUUGUUGAAGAGAAGCUGGUUCAACUCAUAAUGGUGGGGAUGGUAACUAUAUUCCAUCUUUAAAACACUGUCAUUGUCAGAUUUGUGCUCAUGCCUUACUUUACCUUGUCCUAUAAUAAGAACUGUAAAAGCGUCAGCCAAUUCCCCCGUGAGAUCAGAUCAAUCAAGAUCGAAACUGAUUUCCUGAUCCUGACCCGUUCCCGUUCCCGUCCCUGUUCCUGUUUCUCGUUUCUUGUCAACCUGUGUUCGGCCCUUGGUUCGUCUGGCCCCGGUUCCGUAGUCCAAGCCGUGUUUCAGGACCUUUUUAAUCUUCAGUCCGCAAAAGAAUACGAAAUUUCCCCAACCGCCUCGUCUGGUUGUGGGUUUUCUGAAAUUUCACUUCAACCGCGAACCAGUAUGGUCUGAUAGUUGCUUUGGUUCCCAACAUCAUAUUAUUCGCGACUGUGUCAAAACGGGAAAUGGAAAGAGACUCGAGUGAGGGGUGUGGUUUAUACUCAUUGAGCUGUGGGUGAUAUCAGUGAAACAGAAAUGAAGAAUGCUCUGAAAUAGCCGCGGAGAUAAAUCAAGCUCAACUCGCUACUUAGUGUGUUCAUGACUGAAGCAAUGCCAAUUCAAUAUUGCUUAAAUGA